CGGUCAUCAUGUUCAGACUAAACCAAGCACCUCUGCUCUGUGUUCAACUAUUAGUUAUGGGCCAAGUCUUUGCAGUGAUUGAUCAAGUUGACCACAUGGUGUACAGAGGAGACUCCGUCAGCCUGGAUUGCAACAUAUCCAAAGAAAAUACAAGACAGAUCAGCUGGACCAAAGACAGAUUUUUGUUUGCUUAUUUUGUCUCAAAGAAUCAGACUUUUUCAAAUUUCACCUCUCCCAGACUGAGAAUAGACCAAAACUUUCCUUCAGUGCUGAAUGUUUCUGAUGCUCAGCAUGAAGAUGCAGGACUCUAUAAAUGUGUUGUAGCUGGUAACGAUGGCUCAAGGACUACUCAGUGGAAUUUAACAGUGUCAGAGAAACCUGAAGAAGUCAGUUCUUCGUGGUAUUUUCCAUACAUACUCGCAGCUGUAAUUGGAUUACUUCUUUGUGGCAUCGCUCCAGCUGUCUGCCUCUGCAGAAAAAAACAGACCAAGACCCUGAACCAGGACUUAGUGGACGGCAGGACCCUGAGUCAUGUCCAGUACUGUGUCCGGAGAGAGGGAGGACAGUCCUCACAGGUGGUUCCUUCUCAACUCCAAAGUUGUGUAGAAUACAGGAUCAGUCACAAGAAGAGGGAGUCUUCAAGAGGCGACGGGGUUCAAAUCAACACCUACACCCCUGAAUGCCACUAAAUCCUCCACACUGGUCCUUUAAAACUAAACACGGAGAAGCAUUGUUCAGUUAUUAAAUUAGAGCUUCUGACUUUUCUCUUUGCUGCAGCCUUUUAUUAGACUAAAUUACACUGAACUGUAACUACACUGUAAGUUUGAAUACUGUUUAUUCUGUUUUAUUGUAUUUUACCUUAUUUUUAUA